UUUUUCUUUAAUAAAUUUUUUGUUUUAGCUUUUUGGUGUUGCAUUAGCUAUUUGUGGUUUUGCUUUUGGUGUACAUGCUGUUCGUGCUGCAGCAUGGCUUCAUUUUAAACAUGCACAUGCUAUUAUUGGUAUAAUUACAUUUAUUUUAACAAUUAUUCAAUUUUGUACUGGAUUAAUUGGUGCUGCUUUUCUCAGUAUGCGUGACAAAAAACGUGAACGUCUUCAUGGAUCAGAUAUUAAAAUUCAUCAAAAAGGAUAUAAUGUUGAUACAUGGGGUGGUGAAGGUGCAUGGCGCAUUGGUCAUCGUAUUUUAGGUUUAUUAGUAUUAGCACUUGGUUUCGUUAAUAUAUCAUUAGGUGUUUUUCUUGCCGUAUUACCAUUACCGAUUUGGAUUAUAUGGUUUAUUUAUUUUGGUCUUCUUGCUCUCUUAAUUAUCGGUCUGGAAAUUGUUGCAUUAUUACGUCGUGGUACUUCUAAUAAACCCAAACCAUCUCCACGUGCAGAAAUACGUCCGGAUCCAAAAGGUACAUCACAAUCAUCAAUAACAUAUGUUGAUGGACCAACUGAACAACGACAAACAACAACAAUACAUUUACCACGUCCUGGUGUUACUCGUGUUCCACCACCAGAACCAACAAGACGUGAUACUAGUUUACAUCGACGUAUUGGUGGAAGUCAUGGUGAUGAUAUGGCACCACUUAUACCUAAUCAAAGACAACCGAGACCUGGUGAUGUUAGUUCAUCAGCUACACUUCCACAAUAUAUUCAAUCUACUGAACGAGAAUAUCCAAUUACAACAAGAAAAAGAAGUGGACCAUCAGAAAGUAGUGGUUUUGAUUAUUAUGUUGGUUAUGCACCUGAACAUGAACAACAACCUUUGCCACGAUCGACAAUUCAGCAACAAAACGAGCACAAUCUCACUCGAAUUAGGCUCCAAUAA